AUGGCCUCCAUGCUGUCCAAUCAAAUUAAGUGCGCUAUAUGUUUUGAGGACUUUAAAAAUCCGGUGAGCCUGCCAUGCGACCACACUUACUGCAAGCAGUGUGUUACGGCUUACAUCCGUAGGACUGGUCCUGGGCUGUGCCUGUGUCCAGAAUGCCGGGGUCCAUUUCAGAGGGAAGACCUGAGAGACUGCCGACUUCUGGCAAACAUCACCCGUGCUGCGAGAGACACCCUGGAGGCCGGUCGACCCCAGAGGAGCUCUGACAGACGGACGAGGGAGGAGGCCACAGGAGUGGUCGACGCGCUGCUCUGUCCCGAACACCAGGAGAAACUCAAGCUCUUCUGCAUGACUGAUGAGAAGCUGGUGUGCAUCGUCUGCAGGGACAGCGACAGGCACCAACGGCACCAUUUCACACCUGUGACUGAGGCUGCCGUCAUCUACAAGGAAGAACUGAAGGCAUCUUUGGACUUUGUGUAUACAGAGAGGAAUGAAUUGUGUGACCUAAAGCUGAAACAGACAGACGAGAUCAGGAAAACGAAGGAUAAGUCAAAAGGACAACAUGACCAGAUCACAGCCCAGUUUGCGAUGAUAUACGAGUUCCUUCGGCAGCGGGAGAGGGUGGCGAGGGAGCAGGUGGACAGGCAGGAGCGGAGUGCCCUGGAACCCUUGCAGAGGAGUGAGGCCGCCAUCGCUGGGAGGCUGAGGGAGACCGAGAGGCUGGAGGAGAGCCUGGAGUCUGGCCUGGACAAGGCCAAUCCCGAUGCUUUUCUGCAGGUAUGGAGUUCUCUCCUCAGCUGGAAGUGGUCAUCUGUGGUCAUCAGAGGUUACUGUGAAGAUCUGUCAAGCAUGUAUAAGUCCAGGACUGCUGGUCUCAAGGUUCUGCUUGAUCGCUUCACCCUUGGGCCUUAUGAAUCCUACACACCCAUCUUCAUCUGGAGGGAGAUGCUCAGGUGCUUGACGCAAGCUCUGGACGUCUUCGUCAGAGUUUACCCCAACAUGAACCUAUUCCUCAGUUGCAACGCUGGGCAGCAGGCCAUUAGCCAGGCUGUGUUCACCAGGCCAAAGAAGCUGGAUGGGGGCUACUGGGAGGACUGCAUGGAGAGCCUGCAAACUGGCCAGCGCUACUGGGAAGUGGACGUGGGCCAGGAGGCCAACUGGCAGUUGGGCCUGAGAGUGAAAGCCCAUCCACAAUGCAGAGCAACGUCUACUUGGGGAGAGGUGUGGUCAGAGGUGUGGUCAUCGUUGGUGUCGGCCCCCAAACCAAGGGAGGUGGCUCUGCUUCUGAAGAACAAUGUCGUAUUUGUGCUCCGGGAGACUGGGGAAGAAGUGCAGGUGGACCUGCCUGACAGGCCCUGGAGGAUCGGCGUGUACCUGGAUUGCGACAGACGACAAGUCACGUUCUGCAAUGUUGACAACACAUCAGUCAUUUAUACUGUCUGGUGUAGUCCUUGA